CGUCAUUGUUUAGAAAUGUCACGUAAUAAUAAUAAUUGGUAAUAAAACCAUUCAUAAUGUUUAUAUCUUCCGUUAGUAUCUGGAAGUAAAUCAUUUAUUUUUUCACUUUCUGGCUUUUUAAUCGUAGGCAGUAGUCAUUGUGGAAAUCUGCAGCGUAGUGAGAAUUGGAGAAUCAACAACAGUCUACUUUGAGAAGUAAAUUUAUCCAUUCGGUUGGUUGCUAUAGAGCGUACCGACUAAAUUUCAUUUGCAGUGAUAUCAUCGUGUAAUUUAAGUGUGGUUUUUGUAUGAACGCUGUGCCGGAUUUAUUUUACUUUGAUGGCUACAAAUUUAUGAAGACUUGGACGUACAACUUAAUAGGUUAAUAAGAGAAGGCCAUUUUAAUAUGUUUGAUACUUGCCAACCACAUUAAAAGAAAAAUGGAAAUAAUGAAUUGUUUAAUUUUUUUGACAUUUCUUACACUUUGUAGGGCCCAAACCAAAAUAUUGGAAAAGAGGAGCUAUGUUUGUCCUCCUUAUUUCAUGAGACUCAGUCAUAGAUGCUACUAUUUUAGCAAAAUUAAGGCGACAUGGAAUGAUGCUUACUAUAAUUGCAAAGAUUUGCAUGGCAACCUGGCUAUUAUAAAAAAUAAAUAUCAAAGCAAGCUGAUUACUAAAACAUUAAACGGUUCUUCUGAAAUGCUAGACAGAUGGCUGGGAGCUAAAUACGAUUGGAGACAAAAGACUUGGAUAUGGGCAGCAUCUGGAAAAUCAUUAGCUUUUGAAAAUUUUUAUAAUUCCACCAUUAAAGUUAAAGAAGAAAAUCUUGAUUGGCAUUGUAUUUUUGCUGAUCCUGAUUAUGGAUACAGGUGGAAUUAUGGAAAUUGUUUAAACAAAAAAUACUUUAUUUGUCACACUAAGAUAAAAUUGGGUUCUAAAAGAGGUAUUAAAAAGAAUCGACGUCAGUAUAAUCUAAAUAAUUUUAACCAUCUUAACGAAACCCCAAUUGCUUUAAUAUUUAAAGAAAAUAUGACAACUAAGGAUAAUUAUGUUGGUUAUUUAAAAGCGAAUUUUACCCUUAAGCCAAAUCCCAUCAAAAGAAAUAAGCAUAGUAAAAGAAGAAGGCCGGAUAGUAUUGAAGUCAUAGAAAAGAGAUUUAAAAAUGGCACAGCAAGCAUUAGUUUUAAGUUGCCCUAUUAUAAAGAAAAUAAACGAAAUCGAAGAAAGAAUAAAGAAGAACCACAUCAAAACAUAAAUUCAUUAGAUAAACAUAUAAAAUGGAACUCGUACUAUAAGGAUUCUAAAAAUCCAUUAUAUCCACGUCCUAUAAUUGAAGAAUAUGCAUUUUUCAAGGAAUAAAUUUUACUGCCAUAAAUGUUGUGAUACUUUAUUUAAUUUACAUAGUUUAUUAAACAAAUGGGAAAACUUGGAUUUAAAGCAAAAACAUAAAAUACUUAAUUUAUGUUUAAUCUGAGCAAGUUCCAGAAUACCUUAGAAUUAAAACUCCA